AUGGAAGAUGAUCAGGAAAGGGAGAGAUUUGGGAUGGAAAACGACUAUGAAGAUGGCCAAUGGAUUGGUAGUGAAUUCUAUGGAAAACGCAAAGAAAAACGUCACCAAACCAAAGAUGAUGUCCUCUAUGGUAUCUUUGCUUCUGGUGACUCAGAUAGUGAUUCUGAAGAGAUCGAUAGCAACACAAAACAGGAGAACCAAAAAGAUGAUCCAGAUGAUGACAGCAUGCCAGGUUUAGGUCAAGGCCUCGGUUUCAAUUCAAACAACAUCAAUGAUGACAAAAAAGAGGUCAACGAAAACACCAUUGACUUUCUUCCAACAGCAUUUGGUAAAAUGAUCAAAGAAGGUGCACUUCAGAGGCGCGAAAAGGAAAUUGAAAAGUCCAGAUUAAACAAAAAGUCAACUAAACCAGGUUUGGGAAAACGAGAAGCAAAAGAUGAGGGCAAUGUUGGAGGUGGUUUAGGGAAGAAUGCACAGGGGAUUGUUGCUCCAAUUGAAGCAAAGUUGCGCCCCAAGAACAUGGGAAUGGGGUUUAAUGAUUAUAAAGAGGCAGCUAAUGCUCCAACAUUGCAGGAUUCAGUUGAUGAGAUUAAGGUUUUACCUCAGACUCCUGGGAUUCAACAAAAAGAGAAGCCAUGGAUGAAACAAAGCAGCUCAAAAAAGAAGAAAAAACAAUACGUAACUGCAGAGGAGCUAUUGGUGAAGAAACAAGAACAAGGAAUCGAUGUAGUCCAGAAAGUGUUCGACAUGCGGGGCCCACAAGUUCGCGUGUUGACAAAUUUAGAAAAUUUAAAUGCUGAAGAAAAACUAAGAGAGAAUGAUAAGCCAAUGCCAGAGCUCCAACAUAAUCUCAAUUUAAUCGUUGACUUAGUUGAACUUGACAUACAAAAAAUCGACCAACAAUUGAGAAACGAAAGGGAGACAGUUGUCACUUUACAAAAAGAAAAAGAAAAGCUAAAAGACGAUGCUACCCUUCAAAAGAAACAACUCGAUAGCAUGGAAGAGAUAGUUACUAUAAUGGACAAUUUAACCAACGAAAGCUUGUUAGGAACAUUAACUUUAGACUCCCUUGCCACGUCAUUUACUGACUUACACAAACGAUUCCCAAACGAAUACAAAAAUUUGCAGCUUACCUAG